GUGAGAUGAGAGGAGGUGAUUCAAAAAAAGAUCUGUUUUCUGAAGGUGGACAAGAUCUGAUCAUCUUGAAGUGUCAAUGAAAACUAGAAAGUUAUGCUGCCAGUGAUGCAGGGAUUGUCAGAGAAUUAAGAAAUUACCAUCAGUUUGGCAGAAUAUCUUUUGUUAUGGAAGCCUCACAAAAAUUACAGAUUGUCCUUCUUGGUACAACUGGGUCUGGUAAAAGUGCUUCUGGAAACAUCAUACUUGAUAAAAAGGUCUUCAAGUCUUAUGUAUCUACUCAGUCAGUGACAGUAUUAUACCAGACGGCUUCAGCCACAGUGAAUGGAAUGGAAGUCACAGUCGUGGACACUCCAGGAUGGCACUGCACUAAAAUCCCUGAGGAUGAGGUGGCAUACCAAAUAAAGACGGCCAUUUUAUCACUUAAUGGACCUUAUGCUUUUCUUAUGGUCUUCCCUAUCGGUUCCUUUACUGCCAAAGAGAUGCUAAUAAUUCCAAAAUUACAAAACGUCUUAGGAGAUCAAUUCAUGAAUCAUACCUCAAUUCUGUUCACACACUCUGAUAACCUUGAGUCAAAAUCCUUUAAGCAAUUUCUAGAGGAGGAAACAGGACCAUUGCGGAGCAUUAUUCUUGGGUGUAGCAAUCGAGUGUUCACCUGGAACAACAAAGACAGUUCAUCUGUCAAGAAAAGUCUGAACAAAGUCUUACAAGUUCUGAAAGAAACACAGAUAAAGCAUGACAAUGCUAUGGAUUGUGCCAAUAGUAAAUAUCAUGAUGAAGCAAUGCUGAUUGGAAAGCCAGAACACAGUCAAAUCCCUUCUGAUAAAGUGAUGGGACCUUCAGAUGAACAAGAGAAGAGGCACAAGAGAGACAAUGCAGAUCCUCUGGACAAAACCACUCAACAAGUCAGAGUUGUUGUCCUGGGAAUGACCGGAGCAGGAAAGACCUCAACCAUCCAGACUCUUUUAGGAAAAGAUGCCAAAACUGAAAGCACCAAAUCCCCACUGUAUACAAUCAGCAGGUCUGGGGUUAAUUUAAUGUUGAUUGAUUCUCCUGGAUUUAACAAAGAAACAGAAGUGAACGAUUCAGUCUCUCAGUCUCUUUCACAUGCCACUCCAGGGCCGCACGUCAUUAUGAUUGUGAUUAAAGUGGGAAUAAUUACAGCAGACACCUUUAAAAUGAUAGAUCACAUACACAAGCAUCUUGACAAAUCAAGAGCACACACACUGAUCGUUUUCUCUGGAAAGGAUGAUCUGAAAGACAAUGCUAUUGAAGAAUUCAUUAAGGAGAAUCCUGAGCUUGACAAUCUUGUAGAAACGUAUGACAAAAGAUAUCAUGCACUGAAUAACAAGGACAUUGAGGAUCAGACUCAAGCAAAUCAACUGCUGGAGAAGAUUUCUGAUAUAUACCAUAAAAACAAAGGUCAAUUCAUCGAAGAACAUGGGAAAAGUCCGGAUUACAAGGAAAACGAGAUGCCACAAGAACCAGACAAUCAAGACACAUCUGAGAUCAUGUGAAUUUAAAGUAUGGAUUAUGCAUUUAUCCACAUGCAGAUACAAUUCUGUGCAUGUUCAUUUUCUCAUUGACAAUAUUAGCAUCAAUAACUUUUGCUUAUUGACUACCCUUGACUAUUCUCUUGAUUCUGACCAAAAUAUAAUCUGCCUUUUUGUUAUGUAUUCUAAGGUUUUUCAGCAAUGCAGUACAUCACUGGAAAAGAGAUGUGUAGAAACAUGUUUUAUUUCAUUCGCUUGCUUGCUAUGCAUUCAUCUAAAGAUUUCCUAACAAUAUUUGUAUUUUUAAAAAGUCUGUUCAUGUUAGGAAAUAUUUAAUACUACUAUUGAUUAACAUUAAUUGUUGUCUACAUCAAGUAUGUUUUUCAUGCUCAUUUUAUAGUCUGGCAGAACAAUAACACACAGAACCUUGUAGGUUGCACUUGACAGAUACAUAAACUAUACUCAAAACAACAAAAAAAUGAUAAUAAUCAGAAUAGAUUUUUCUGUGUAAAUUAUUUUUAUAUUAAUACAGUACAUUGUAUCUUGGUUUACAGAUUUUUAGAGUGCACAAUUUCAAAUCUAUCAGAUCUAUAUUUUUAUUGUGGAAUGUUAGCAGUUGAUUAGGUUGCAAAUGAACUGCUUUUCUGACCUGAAUCACAGUGCUAUUCUGAGCAUAUUAAAAAUAAAAUCGCAUUUUUUUAUUAUUAUUAACUUCCUGCCAGGUGGAUUUUGUUAUAUUUCUUUUAAACUGUAUUUUUAUCAAAGCUUCUGUUUCAUCAUGUGAA